AUGCGUUUCCUUGUCCUCGGAGCCAGCGGCCGUACAGGCCAACUCGUAGUAGACGAUGCUCUCAAGCGUGGCCACCAGGUCACAGCUCUCGUCAGGACAGCAUCGUCCAUGAAACCUCGAGACGACUUGACGAUUGUCGAAGGAACACCAAUGCAGCAGGACGACAUCGCAAAAGCGUUAAACUCGACACCAUCUCAGGACCCGAUAUCCGCGGUUGUGGUCACACUCAACGCACCGCGUGCAUCCGACAGCCCGUUCGCGAAGCCCCUGGCGCCUCCAAACUUCAUCAGAGAUUGCGUGCGAAACAUCUCAGCUGUGAUGGCAAAGCAGAACGUGAAGAGGCUGGUCAUGAUGUCUGCAUUUGGGAUCGGCUCGUCCGAGACACAGUUGCCGUUGGUCACCAAACUUCUCUUCCGCCAUUCGAACAUGUCGUACCAGAUGAACGACCACCACGCCACCGAUGCAGAAAUACGGAGCAACGAUACCCUCUCCUGGACACUCGUGCGGCCGGUGAUGCUGAAGGAGGGUGAUGCAGCGCCUGUCAAAGAGUUCGGAGAGUUUGGGAAAGGCGCUGGUCUCCUCAGUGGCAUUACUCGAGCAAGCGUAGCGGAGUUUAUGCUGCUCUACACUGCAAUCUCGCUGAUCAUGGACCGUCCGAACAACUCUGAAUCUGCUGGCUUCGUUGAAAUCUCGUCUCAACCCACGAAGCGUCGACAGAUCCUCACGCCUGACUCGGAUCAGCCACAGGACAAACGGCAGAAACCCGGUGGACUCACACUCAACAGCAACGCGACGCACGCCUUGAAGCACCUCUUGCGAGACGAUCCGAACUCUGAACUUCGCGCUGGAGAUGCGAGGCGAGUGGUGGGCGCAGUGUUGAACGAAAGUAGCGUCACCAAGGAGGACGCCUUCGCCGCCUUGAUUGCGCAUCCACUUCUCAAAGGAUGCGACGACACAGACCAUGUGAUGCGGGUCCGGCGCGAGCUCGCAAGCUGCUACGCUGGCUCUGUGAUCCGGACGCUGUGGGGCCAGAUAUCACCGUUGUUCGAUACUUCGUCACGCAACCUGACUAUCGCUGCCGGAACGACCACCGAUCACAAGCUCGAGCUCUUCAUAUCGCCUAUCGCGAUGCCCACGCCUCAGACGAACGAUGGCUUGCAGGUCGAGACCGCGCCGGAGAAGACGAAAGCGGCAAUGAAGACGCCCAAGGUCGCCGAGAACACCAAGAAGGAUACAAGGUCGAGUGUCGCUGCCUCAAGCAGCAGCCAGGGCCAAGCCAAAGCCAACAACUCUCGACGCCGGAAGGAUGGGCGAACUCCCAGGUCAACGGCGGUUGUCGGAUCCAUCGAGCCAGCGGGGGCGGAGAAAAUCAAGACGGAAAGCGUCAGCGACAGUGACAGCCUUAGCGAUGGAGACUAUCAGGACUGA